AUGAAUGCCAAUUCGCUCCUGGCACUUAAGGUCGGGUUCGACAUUCUCAUGCUAGGCGAGCACCACCUGGGCAAGUCUCUGGUGGUGCUCCGCUACGUCCACCAGCGGUUUAUCGAUAACAUCGACUCGCUGGUGGAGGACAUGUACGUCAAAGUGAUUGCUGACGACGAUAGCUACCAGGAGUUCCUGAUUUUCGACGCCCUGGCUCUCCAGGAUCGCUACUCGCUGCUGCGAAAGCAACAGUUCCUCAAUUGCCACUGUCUUAUGGUGGUGUACUCUAUCACCGACCGUGACCUGUUCGAGCCCGUCGAGGAUAUUGUCCAGCAUUUUAACAUGGUGCGCAACAAGGCCGAGCUCACCGCAGUGCCGAUGGUGCUUGUGGGCAAUAAAGCCGAUCUUGACGACAUCCGCCAAGUGUCCGAUACUGAGGGCCAGGAGCUUGCCCUGAGGCUCGGGAUGAGCUUUUUCGAAGUGCUGGCGGCGACGGGUGAGGGAGUCAACGAAGCGUUUGCCCCGUUGAUUGAGAUUUUAGGUAAAACUCGUGAACGGCGGCCGUCGGCUAAAGCCGUGUCUCCUACCAGCGACAGGCCUUCCACCGCGGGCACUCUCCAAAUCGAUCGCGACCUCGGUACUAGUAGCCCCGAGUCCUCACUCAAUCGCCGAUCGCAAUCUGCGACCUCAGCAAUUGCCAGCAGACAGCGAUCGUCGGAUAAUGCCGUGCGGUCAGUGUCGAAGAAAGCAGCCCCCGAGGCCCAAGGGUGCUGCGUCAUCACCUGA